AUGGAUCCUCCCCAAGAUCCCCGUUCAACAACUACUCUUCCAGGGACUUUCUCGACGGAGAGCGACUUUGUUUUCAAAGACGGUACAUUCUAUGCAACAUUCGAUGGCUAUGUCCAUGCAAGGAAAAGUGCCCCUGAGCUUUAUGAACACCUUUCUUAUGUACCACCUCCGCCAGCAGUCAACGAGAACGGGAAAAGGAUAUGGUCAGCCGUUGUCGACUCAUAUUUAAACUAUCCGGCGCACUUUUACAGCGCCCAACUAAUACAUUACGGUUUUAAACCCCUGAAAACCAAGAGUGCCGCAAAGAAAAAACUGCUGGAGGCCUUUGGCGGGAAAGAUGGCAGAACUUUGGAAGUUCCUCGAUCCAUCCUUGAACUCGAAUCCAGGAUGAAGCGGAAUCAGUCGAAUUCAGUGACGACGGAUAUGGUGGAUGCGUCAGACACUCGGAAGAGCGAGGGCGAAAGUCUUACGACAGAAAACGAUCAUGUUUCUGGGCAUGCUGAAUACAAAAGAGUUGUAUCAUCAACAAAAAGGGCCAGGACCAAGCACAUAUCCCAUGAAACCAAUACAAUUAGCCCAGAUGAGAUUUCCGUGGGGGCGCAGUCGUCGGAAGGGAAGCGUGUGACCACAUCCAGACACAAGAUACUUUACGUCGAGUCAUCUUCACCAGAAGAUGAACCAAAUCUGAACACACUGACGGUAACCCCUACGGUCGCUGAUCUAUUCGGGAUACCUGAGGGAAAUCGUGAUAUUCCUGUUAAGGGUUCUGACCCAAAAUCAUCGACAUUCACCAGAAGGACGAAACGAGGAGGACUCAAAGCCACUGCUGGAAGUUUCAGAGGUUCGAGACCCAGGAGGACAACGGAGCCAAGGGCUGCCAUCAAAAAAUUCAAUAAAUUACAGCCAGAUGAGCCUACUUAUGAUAUCGAAACGUAUGCUGUACGGGACAGCAUCAGCGAUCUAACGCAUAAAAGAGCUCGCCAAUUGCUGGAGAUAUUGUUUGAUAGGCUCCCUGCGGUCCAGUCUAUUCUUCAAAAAGAGAUGGUUUCGUCGGAAAUACCGAACUUGAUGGCGAAGGAGAAACAUGCAGAGCUGUCAGAGUGGCCUGGAUUAUACGAAAUGGAAAUCCCUUCACUGGAUGGUUCUUACGAUGAAUCUAGGUCUCACAAAAAAUUAUACACCUUCGAAAUCUAUCCGUCCUCCACCUCAAGGCAUAUUUGGGCAUAUUUCAACUUUGGAAGAUUUCGGGGCGUCAUGCGAUCUCUUCAUUCAGUCCCAAAGUUCUUCAACACUGAAAUAUUCUUCGAAUGGCGAGGCUACAUGGCUGACAACAGUAUGUUUUUUGAUGAAGACAAUCGUGCUAUCAUUAGUCUCCAUCCUGGAGGCCUUCUUCAAGGACACAUGUUUGCCGCUGAACAUGGCACAUACCGUAUUUAUGGCUGUCGACCUCAGAAAUCUAUCAAAACUCUUCCACGCCAACAACAACUUGCCAAAAUCCAGUCUUGGAAAUUGAUGUGGAGACGAAUAAACGCUCCCAAUCGUGAGGCCUCUGAUAGAGCAAAAGCCAGGCUGGCAACCUAUAGCAUUGCUGAAGAGAAAAAGGAGGAUCCAUUUUUAAGUGAUACCACAGAUGGUGAAGGCGAACGCACCUGGUCAAUUGACUUGGAGAAUUUCAUGUCUGAAGCAUAUUCUUCUGAAGAGAGUACAGAUGACAAUUAG